AUGGACGUGGCGUCGCUAAUCAGCAAGUAUCUAGAUCAUGACAAACAAAUACAAUUGUUGGAAAACCUUGCUUUGGAGUUGAAUGAAAAAGAAGAAAAUGUACAGAGUCUAUCCGAGUUGCUCCACUUGCACCAACUAGAUGACGAUAGUACAGUCGUAACUAGUAUCAAGUCUUAUAUUGAUCUGCAUGUUCUAGAUGGCGAGUAUAACGAAAAGAUUGCUGAGCUUGUGCUGUCUUUGUCGACUUUGCAAAUCCAAGUGCUAGAUCAAGCGUGGUUGAUCUUGCAACUGUUUGCGCAAAAGCACAGGAGUUAUUUCCACGGGGCGUUUUACGAUUUGUUUGAAAUAGAGUCGAGCCCCCGGAUUAUCCCAGAUGUCACCGAGUCCAAGGUUUCCAGUGUGCUUGACUUGUUGGAGUUGGUAUUCACCCGCAGUGGCAAGUCGAUCCCUUCGCAUCCGAUUGAUCUUGUCUUGUUGAUGUUGCUCGGGGUCGACGAUGUGGCAUUGUCCGACAAGGCCGGCGAGGUGCUAAGGUGGAGAAUCGACAAAAUCGCCAACAAGGAAAAUUUCAACGUCUUGUGGCGGGUGAUUUUCGCCUUGGAAAACUCGGGCAACGCAAACCCCCGCUCGGCACACCAGGCAUACCUCUUGUGGCUCCGGUGGUUGAAAGUUAACAAUGACAACUUGUCCAAGGACUUGGAUUUCCAAAAGCUUAUUCAAAAUGAUUACUAUUGGGCUGCCAUAUUGAAAGGACUCACCUGUGACUCCAAUGAACAUAGAAAAUUCAUGCUUUCCAUCCUCACCGUGACUGUCAAGUCCAUCAAUGUGAAUUUCAAGAACUCGUAUGCUGAUUGGGACGUCACCAAAAGGGAAAAAUAUUUGGACGAAUGGGCGAGGUUCAUUACGCUAUACGAAGUUCUAGCUGUGGAUACCUCGUUGCAUCAAGCCGAGGCAGGUCUUAAUGACAUCGUCAGUCUCAUAUCACCGACAUCGAUGCUCGCUCCUACGUGGGGGUGGGGGUUGAUAUCUACGGGGUUCAAGGCUGCGCUUGACUCGGUGCGGAGGUUCACGUUGAGACUACUACUCUCUAUCCCAUCGGACAACUUGUACUUGAUCAAAUCAGCGUUGCAGUUGCUUGAAAAGGAGGUCUUGCCAAAUAUGAUGGCUGCACCGCUUCUCAGUGUGAAGACCGUCUAUGGCAAAGUCGAGUGUUCUCAUGUUGAUAGAUUGAAAGACUUUGUCGUUUGCAUUUUGAAAAACUUGAACGAUGCUCGUGAUUGUCAAGCUGUCGCUCAAUCGAUCUUGAAAGUUCUCGUGACGUUGAAAGACGGAUUUGCGCCAGCGAGAAUAUUGGUGACCCAGGGAUUACUCGAAGGGUUGGGAGAGCGCAAAGUCUUGCAGUAUGGCGUCCAUGAUGUUUUAUUGUUGGAGCUCUUUGACAAGACUUCCGAAGGCGAAUUCCAAGAGUUGUAUUGUCAAACGUUGAAUUUGCGACUCGUGCGCAAUUUUGAACCGAGUAGCGCAGCAAAUUUGCUUGAUCUUUUGACCAAGUUUGUAAAGUAUAACGGAUACGAUCUUGUUCAUAAGAAUCGAACCUUGCUUGAAGUGAGUUUGAGUGCAUGUUGCGCCACCGAGGAAAAGUUGGCACUAGCAAAGGAUUUGGGGUUGGAUCAGCAGGUCUUAUUUGCUGGAUUGACCAAGGUCCCCGUGGAAAACUCCGAUUCCGUCUAUUAUGUAGCAAAAAUGAUAGAGGCAGGGUUUGAGGAUGGACCGGCACAUUUGGAUGAGCUCGUGCUGUUGCUGGAUGACAUUCAAGUGCUCAGCUCACUCACCAAGGCAAACUUUAAAAGCAACAUUUCGAUUUCACAAGAGGUUAUGUUGAAAUUGUGGUCCACACUCAAGACGGAGAUGCAGGCGGAGAAGCCCUCGAUUUUAAAGGAUGCAUUGUUGAAAUUCCAACUCUUUAACAAAUUAUUUGCAAAAUCAAGCUUCAAGUUUGAGGAUCCGUUGGAAGUUGUUCACUUCCACAAUCUUAUGCUCCUGAAUUCGGAAACUGCCUUGAAAACUCAGAACGAUUUCUACAAGUUAAAAGAGUCUGUCGAAGGAGAGUACUACAAGGCAUUGAGUUUGACUUAUUUUAAACAACCCAGAUUUGUUGAGUUUCAGCACAUUUUGAAAUUGAUCAACCCUACGCUGGGUAAUGUCGAAGGGAAAAUCGCAUGCGUGGAAGUACUCAAGAUGUAUUUGGAUCAAGAUGCUGAACUAGAGUAUGUGUCGGAUAUAGUGGAGUACAUGGCAGAGCUUUGGUCCGACUUAGCUAUGCAAAGGUUAAACUUGAUGGAUAGGAAAUUGCAUCUAUCGAUUAUCAAAACUUUUUUGCAUGAAAAAUUACUCUUGACACAGGGGCAUGAGGAAGCUUUGAAGUGGCUUUGUUUAUCAGUGUUGGAAAACUCAACAAUGAGACGCAGUUUGUUGCCAGCUCUUGUCUCCCAACUUGUCAACUUUCAAAUUGCACACCGAAAAGAAUUUGAAGACUUGACUUGGUUGCCCGAGGUUCUUGUGAAGGCAUACAUGGUGUAUCAACCCAAAAAUGGCCAUUUCAAUUUGACCGAGAUUUUAACUGCGAAAUACGAUAACGAGGUUGCUUUAAACUCCAACUCCAAAAUGAAAGAGUCUGACAUUUACCGGGAAAUAUAUGGAGCAAGAGAAGAAAGCGCACGAGCCAGUUUGAUGGCUAUAUUCAACUCGAUCAGCUCUAGCAGCUUUGCACAAAGCAUCUAUGACUACAUCUUUGAGCACGAAAAGGACUAUCACUUGUUCAGGCCAAUCAAGCGCACCGAUAGUUACGAGGAGUGGUACCGGUUGCAGCUUUAUGCCAUUUUGGUUUCCCUUAUCGACAAGAUCGAUAUAGACUUUGAUGUCUUUCUCACAAAUGUCGAGAUCGACCCUAGUCCGUUGGCGAGAAUGUACAUUGAAUGGAUGCUUUCAUUCAAGAUGCUUCAGGAUCAAUCUUUGGCAGAUGACAUUUUCAAAAAGUUGGAGCUAAAUUUCAACGACAUUAAACCAGUCAUCAUUACUUCGUAUGAGAGGAUCUUGUUCCUCAUGAUUGUGCAAUUGCCCAAAGAAGAUGACAAGAUUGAACAAAUGAGAAGGCUCAUCAAUAUCGUUGUUGCUGGCGCCAGUUCCCAAAAACGAAUAAUCCGCCAUUUCUCCUUGUCGAUGGUCAUUUGCAUCAAAAAUGAGAUUGACAAAAAGGACAUACAGAUCAGCCCUUACUUGAAAGACGUGGUAAACGGCUUGCACAAGAGUGCCGUGACAUCGGACUCAUUUAGCAAUUAUCGAAGCGGAGACGACUUGAUUUGGGACAUUGUGCAAGAUUUAAACUUGACUGCUAUCGCAGGUGGAAACAUUCUCAAAUUGACGGAUCGUGACGAUAUGGACUUCAUCACUAAACAGCAAUUUGAACAUUUUUUAAGUAAGGAGCAAAAACAGUUGUUGAGGCACCCCAUAGGAGAAGAUGUCGAGACUUUUUCAUCUAGAAAUCAAGACACGCUUAUUAAGAAAAAGGACAUCGUAUCGCCCGAAACUGUUGAACAAGUGUCGCCCUUGCAAACAAAGAGCGGCGCUUGGAAUACCGUUAUGAGUAUCGAUGAGUCGAAAUCGGGCAAGAAUUUGGAGAGAAGCGAUCUUAUUGUUGUUGCUUCGUUGGUCGAUAAGCCCCCCAACUUGGGCGGUAUCUGCCGGCUAAGUGAUGUUUUGGGAGCUGGUUUACUUACAAUUCACGAUAUGGAGGUGUCUAGUCACCCGCAGUUCAAGACUGUCGCGGUGACUGCUGACCGGUGGAUGCCAAUGAUUGAAGUGAAGCCAGAGCAAGUGCGGGACUACUUGAUUGAGAAAAAGAGACUGGGGUAUACUCUAAUUGGAUUGGAACAAACGGAUAAAUCAGUUGAAUUGAACAAAGAUUUGGUCUUUCCCAAAAAGUCAUUGAUUGUUCUCGGUAAGGAAAAAGAAGGAAUCUCAGGGGAUAUCUUGGCUGAACUCGAUUUCUGUGUUGAGAUUAAGCAAGUUGGCAUCAUCAGGUCGAUGAAUAUCCAGACUGCAGCUGCUAUUAUUGUACAUGCAUAUUCAUCACAGCACUGUUGA